AUGCACCCCGAGGUUCCCCGGGCGCUGGGAGCGGGGAUCAUGCGCAGUGCGGACGCUGGCGGGCGGCAGAGCUGCGGGAGCGAGGACCUGGCCAGGAGGGCAGCAGGACACCUCCCAGCCCCAUCCACCACCUUCUGGAUCAUCCUCUCCGUUGCCCUGGUUUUGGCAGUUGUUGGCAUCAGCGUCACGGGAGUGCUCGGCUUCUCCCCCAGCUCUGCCCAGGCCGGCUCCCAGCUCGUCCGGCUGACGCCGCAGGGGCAGCAAGAGCCGCUGAGGAACCAGACAGCCCUGGUGGACAGGUCCAGGAACACCGUCACCUACUACGUCACCUCGCAGAGCAACCGCAGCGCCGCGGUGCUGUACGACAGCAGGAACGGCUAUGUGUGCUACAAGCCAGCGGAGCAGCGCGUGUGCUACCUGCGGAGGAUGGACGCCUGGGACCAGACCCUACAGAUCAACGCGUCCGAGCAGACGGCCAGUCAGCUCCUGCACCACAACAACCAGACCCAGUUCUACCGCGAGUUCCUGGGCAUCCUGGCGGGGGAAGAGGUGGACGCCGAGAGCCUGGGGGAGGCCGUCCAGACCCUGUGUGAGCACACCUCCAUCUUCUGGGUCCGGAGAGGGGAGGGUCCGGGGAAGCAGCGGCUGAUCUACCUUUGCAUCGACAUCUGUUUUCCCAGCAACAUUUGUGUCUCUAUCUGCUUCUAUUACCUCCCCGAGUAA